AUGGUGGAAACAGAUAUGAGCUCGAUCUUGGCGGGAGUGCGCGAGGGGCUGAAGUCAAAGCAGAAGAGGGACCAAGAAGAAGCAUCCGACGAGAUUCGUGACAGAAUGGCUCUCAUCAUCAGAGACAAACCUAGUGAGCAGCUGAAAGAAGACUGCGAUACACUUUGUCGAUUUCUCGGUCAACAGAUCCUGCACGGCGAUUUGAACAGAAGACUCGGAGGACUUCUAGCACUUGAUCGACUGAUCGAUGUUCUUGCCGGCAGCGCGACCCAGAUAGUCCCUCGAUUCGUCAGCUAUCUGAAUAAAGCCCUGCAAAGUGAGGAUAUUCACACCCUUGUCUGCGCUUCAAAGUCGUUGGGGCGUCUCGUACCCCAAAGCGGAUUUCUAGCGAAAGAAUUGGUGAAGAGUGAGGUGCGGUCGGCUUUGGAACGUAUACAUGCUGGAAAUCUCGGCAGCAAGCGUCUGUUAGCAGCAUUCCUGACUAUCAAGGAGCUUGCGACAAACGCUCCAUCCUUUAUGCUUUUCUAUGCGGCUGAAAUAUUUGGAGUAGCAUGGAUUGGACUUCGCGAUUGUGAUCCGCUCCUAUGUGCGACGGCUGGAGAAGCCAUUGGUGAGUGCAUGAAGCUAACAACUGCGCGAGACCAACGCCUUGCCCAGCAGUGGUGCAUGCGGUUUCAUGAAGAAAUUCUCUUGGGACUCGGCUCCAAUGAUAAUCAAUGGAUAUUUGGAUCUCUACUGCUCCGGAAGGAAUUGGCACUUUACUGUGGCAUGCUCACGAUCAAGCAACAAAAACAGACCUGCGACUUCAUAUUCCGGCUCAGCAGCCAUCGAAGUUCCCGAAUCCAGGCGCAGAUAAUCACCAUUUUACCCUCUCUUGCUAGCCAUUCUCCACGAAUGUUUGCCCAGACCUACCUAGGCCCGUCCAUGGUCUUUCUAAAGGCUCACUUGGAGAAGGGCAAGGAGCGUGACACUGUCUUCCGUACCAUCGGGGAAAUGGCAAUUGCUAUGGACGACAGCAUGACUCCUUACUUGGGGGACAUCACAUGUUGCAUUCAAGAAGACCUUCAGAUGAAGGAGAAAGGUCGAACUCACGUCAACGAAGCAUCAAUUCUGGACUGUAUCCGCAUGCUGUCCCUCGCUUUGGGUCCAACCUUCUCAACCUACGCACAGAAACUUCUUGGAUUGAUGUUGACUUGUAAUAUAACUAGGGAGCUCCGAGAUUCCCUCCAAACAACAGCGGAGAAAAUCCCGUCUUUAGGACCAAGUAUACAGACCGACUUUCUUGCUCUUCUGGAACGGUUCCUCCUUGUCCCGGGCCCUGACGCAUGCACUAAUCCGGAUACCCACCUUCCAGCGAGAACUACCAACAAAGACCAUGAUAUUCCCACACAUCACCGAAACGAUACUUUUGCUUUUGCUCUCAACGUGCUAGGAGACUUUGAUUUUGGGUUUCUCCCGACCAGUGCUAUCGUCCAACAGGCCAUGUUCAAAUACGUGGAGCACGAAAGUCCAGAGGUUCGAAAGACCGCCGCAUUAACUUGUUGUCGAUACUUUUUACGUGAUCUCAAGCUGAAGCGCCCGGGGUGUAAAUUUCCUCGAAUUCCUCCCGACGUUCUCAGAAGGCUUCUAUCACUCGGCAUAGGAGACCCUGACGCGAGCAUUCGAGAAGCCGUGUUGUCCGCAUUUAGCUCUGAAUUCGACCGUCUUCUUGCACAGCCAGAUCAUAUCCGGUGCCUCUUCCUUGGCGCCAACGACGAAGUCUUCCAAGUUAAGAUUGCAGCGAUGUGCAUAAUUGGGCGCCUAUCAAGCGUUAACCCUGCUUACGUCCUUCCAUCACUCAGAAAGUUGCUUCUUAAUUUACUGACAGGUCUUGCUUUCGCCAAAGGCGUUCCUGAAAAGUUAGAGACGCUUCGGAUGAUCAAUGUCUUUGCCUCAAAUAGUACAUCGCUGCUAGAAGCAUAUGUCGCCCCGAUAUUGGAUAUCUUGCUCCCGAAAGCUACGGAUGAGAGCCAGGCUGUCGCAACUGCAACUCUCAACGCUAUUGCGAACCUUUUCAAAUUCGCCGGGCCCUCGGUGCAGGGUUACGGAGCAAGACUAAUGCCCUCCUUAUUGACUUCUCUUGCAAGCCUGACCUCUAAUACUCGGCGGGAAGCGGCCCUUGAAGCAAUUAGUCAACUUGCGCAGAAUGCAGGAUGUGCAACCUCUCCAUAUAUCGAGUUUCCAGAGCUCCUGCCUGCUCUCAUCAAGAUGGUAAAGGUCGAGGAAGUGGAGUCUAUUCGGUUGUCCACGACUAGGCUCCUUGGAACUCUGGGCGCUCUGGACCCAGUUAAAUGUCUUGGGCCAAAUGAUUCCACCUUGGAGCUGCAUCGCGUAAAUCAGGUCCCCAAGGAAUCGGGGAUGGACGAACACAUGCGCCGCCUGGACCUUACUGACGUGGAGGUUUUCCGAUCCGAGGUCUUCAAUUCCAUAUUGGACAAUGUCUUGUCCCAGCCUUCCUUGAAAAUGCUUCACCCAUCUGCCAUCGACGCCACAAUCAUGGUCUGCAAAGUCACCGGAAUGGAGUGCACAUCCUUCCUCGACAAGAUUAUCCCAACCUUUUUGUCAAUAAUUCAAGCAUCCUCGGAAAACAAUUUCGGAUACUACUUUAGCCAACUAAGUGCUCUGAUUGAUGUCAUCAGUCAACAUAUUCGCCCUUACCUAACAGAAAUUAUGGGUAUUAUUCGAAUGUUCUGGCACAAGAUGAAACAGGCCCCUCUCAUAUCAUUGAUAGAAACACUGUCAGUACACAUGGGCGAUGAAUUGAAGAGAUACAUUAGCAGCUUGCUUCCCAUGAUAGUUGCUACCUUGGAGGAUGGGACUUCGUCCGCGGCGCAGCGCAUCCUUCGUCUUCUAGUUGUGCUAGGUAACACCGUCGAGGAGUACAUGCAUGUUAUCGUUCCUUCUUUGAUACGACUCCUUUCCGGUCCUAUCUACUCGACGAAGGUCCGCAGGUCAGCCAUUGAUUGCAUUACAGACCUGUCAGAGGAAGUCGAUUUGUCCGAUCUCUCCUCUCCCCUGGUCCAGUCCCUUGCGGAUGUUCUGUCUGGCAAUGAGCAUGAUCUAGUGCAGGCGAGUAUGAAUUGCCUCUGCGCACUCAUGCGGUUGCUAGGACAAGACUUUAUUUGCUACACUCGGACUAUCAACAAAGCGCUAGCUAGUUACAAUAUCACUCACGAUGGGUACUCGACACUUCUGUGCAAGCUUCAAAAAGGAGAAAGCCUACCCCCACGUCUAGACACUACCGCUCGAGAUGAACGCAACGAAAACAUGUACGAGCGUCCUCUCAUGCGGCAAAGAGAUCUGAACGUUAACCUGGAACGCCUCAAGAACGCCUGGGAUACUUCUAGGAUAUUCACCACGCGAGAAUGGCAGCAGUGGAUUCAGGAGCUAACGCUCCACCUCCUAGAAGAAUCACCAUGCGCGAAUGUUCGGGCCUGUGCAAGCCUGGCAGAGCUAUAUCACCCCUUUGCAAAAAGUCUAUUCAACACGGCCUUUGCGUCAUGUUGGGCUGCGCUUCCCGAACAAUAUCAACAAAGCCUUUGUGAAUCUCUGGUGGACGCCCUUUCGUCCCCAAAUUCUUCCUAUAACAUUACCUCAACAGUUCUCAACCUGGCCGAGUUCAUGGACAGGUGCCACAAGCAUCUUCCCAUCGACACCGGGAUGAUGGCAUACCACGCAAAAAAGUCACAUAUUUAUGCCAAGGCUCUGCGCUAUGAAGAGUUACACUUUGAUGAAGAUCAGAACAUGAGCACACUGGAGACUCUUAUGUCAAUCAACAACCACCUUCAACAGCCCGACUCCGCACAUGGAAUUCUUCGUACGUCCCAUGAGCUUGGGAAAAGUGGUAUCCAGGAAAACUGGCUGGAGAACCUGCAUUACUGGAAAGCUGCUCUUACCUCAUACGUCAAGCGCGAGAGAGACUGUGAGAGCGCCGAAAAUUACGAAGACUGGAGUAUCACUUUGGGGAAAAUACGUUGCUUGCAUGCUCUCGAGGACUGGAAGGCGCUUUCCGAAAUCGCGAAUGAGAAGUGGAGCCGCGCAUCUCCAGAGCACCAGCGUGCCAUUGCGCCCUUAGCUGCUACCGCUGCUUGGCGACUCAAGAAUUGGGAGCUGAUGCAAACCCUCUUUGGUGGAAUCAAGCGGGGAACAGCAGAUCGGAGCUUCUUCGGUGCUGUGCUAGCUGUUCAUAAUGAUCGGUUUGAGAUUGCUGCAGCGCAUAUUCAGGAUGCGCAGAAAAAACUGGACCCCGAGCUCACUGUCAUGCUGGAUGAUUCCUACGGUCGCUCUUAUGAGGUCAUUGUGCGUCUACAGAUGCUCGCUGAAUUGGAAGAGAUCAUCAUUUACAAGAAGUCUGGCGACUCGGAAAGGCGGCGACAAAUCCAUGAGAUGUGGAAUCAGCGGCUGCUUGGGUGUCAGCGGAGUGUUGAAGUUUGGCAACGUAUAUUGAAUCUCCGGACUCUAUCUGGCUGUUCAGUCAGAGAUGACAUGGGGAUCUGGAUCAAGUUUGCUAACAUGUGUCGGAAAGAGAACCGUUUGGACAUGGCUGUGGAGACGAUAGUCUCCGUUGAGGGAGCUGCGUCAAAUAUUCAAGAGUCACCACUGACGGAGAUCACACUUGCUCGUCUCAAAAUUGACUGGAAGCUGGGGCGUCGACAGGAGGCAUUUGAUGGGCUGAAAACGCUCACGAGAAGCUUGGAGCAGCAACUUUACCAGAGCAAUCGAUCGAAGCGUUCUCUCAGUGAGAAUGACAAGCUUCCGGGCUUCAGAAGUACUCGAAAGGUCAUUUCAAAGUGCUAUCGAAGUCUGGCGGACUGGCAGAUGGCCCUCCACGAAGGCGCCUGGAAUGAAAGGCAUAUCCAAGCGAUCCUCGAUGCCUACCACGCUUCCAUGCAGCACAACAAAGAUUCCUACAAGACAUGCCAUAUCUGGGCCCUCGCCGCCUACAAGACAGCACGCGUGAUUGGCAGAGACACAUCCUUGAAGUUGAAGAUCCCCGAGAGUACGCUGCGCGGCUACAUAAUAUCGGCUAUAGAGGCGCUGUUCCAGUCGAUCUCCUUGUCACCUAACUCGCCUCUUCAAGAUAUCCUCAGGGUUUUGACGCUCUGGUUCACGCAUGGCAACGAAAAGGAAGUCAACAUGACGGUAAAUGGAGGAAUCUCGCUUAUCAGCCUAGAUGCAUGGCUUGCAGUAAGUCCUCAGCUGGUAGCUCGUAUCACCAGCCCCAGUAAGUUCGUGAGAGCUACUGUGCAGCGAUUACUUACGGAGGUGGCCAAGACCCACCCGCAGGCUUUGGUCUACCCGUUGACCGUCGCGAUGAAAUCACAGAUUGCUCGGCGUUCCCAGUCCGCAUGUGAUAUAAUUGGUGACAUGAAGCGACAUAGCCCCAAUCUUGUUCUACAGGCAGACACCAUCAGUCAGGAGCUUAUCCGCGUCGCCGCUCUGUGGCAUGAGCUCUGGCAUGAGGCGCUCGAGGAGGCUUCUAGGGUGUGUUUUGUGCGCAAUGAUAUUGAAGGGAUGAUCAACAUGCUCAAGCCAUUACAUGCGAUGAUAGAGGCUGGUCCUGUGACACUGAAUGAGAUUGCAUUUCUUCAGGCCUUCGGUCGCUAUCUAAACGAGGCGAAGCAAUACUGCCAGGCGUAUUUGGCGAGCCGCGCAGUCGGCGACAUCAACCACGCAUGGGGCUUGUACACUCUUGUCUAUCGGCGGAUUGGCACCCAACUGCCGCUUAUGCUGCAGCUUGAGAUGGGGUCAAUCUCGCCGAAGCUCAAGAACUGCGUAAAUCUUGACAUUGCCGUUCCCGGUACCUAUCGCAACCACGCCAGCCCCGUGAUUAAAGUCGCGCACUUUGAUCCUAAUCUGCCUGUCAUCGAAAGCAGGAAGCGACCGCGAAGACUGAGAAUUUUUGGUGACGACGGGAAUGUCUACAUGUACCUCCUGAAAGGCCAGGAAGAUAUCCGCCAGGACGAGCGUGUAAUGCAGCUAUUUGGUCUCGUCAACACCCUCUUCGCAGGCGAUUCGGAAAGCGUUCGGCGGCAGCUCGCGGUUCAACCGUUCCAAGCCAUCCCUCUAUCCCAAAGCUCCGGUCUUCUCGGGUGGGUCUCGAACAGUGAUACCCUUCACUCCUAUAUUAAGGAGCACCGCGAAGCCCGCGAGACAAAACUCAACAUCGAGUUAAACCUAAUGUUGCGGAUGUCGCCCAACUACGAUAAGCUCCCUUUACUCGCCAAAGUUGAGACAUUCAAAGAUGCUAUGGCCAAAACGACCGGCAAGGACCUCUACCAGGUGCUCUGGCUGAAGAGCCCCAGUUCCGAAGCUUGGCUGGUCCAUCGAACGCACUACACGCGCUCGCUGGCCGUGAUGUCAAUCGUGGGGUAUAUCCUCGGCCUAGGCGAUCGCCACCCAUCGAACUUGCUCCUGCAUCGCGACACUGGGAACAUUGUGCAUGUCGAUUUCGGCGAUUGUUUUGAAGUCUCUUUACAGCGGAGUCAAUUUCCCGAGAAGGUCCCGUUCCGCCUCACGCGCAUGAUGGUGGUCGCUAUGGGGAUUGGGAACUUGGAAGGGAACUUUCGCGCCGCAUGUGAAAUUGUGGUGAGGGUUCUCAGGACUCAUAAGGAGGCUAUCAUGACUAUUCUUGAGGCGUUCCUCCACGAUCCUGUCUUAACCUGGCAGGGCUCCCAACCUCCUGGUCCUCAACAACAAAAGCCCGGCGAGAUCGACGGUCUAGAGGAUAUUGGCCACAUUGGCCAAGUAACUGAAUCACCUUCCUUCCGUCGGUCCUCUGUCCUGGGCGCCGGCGUCCUUGAUCCCCAGCAAGGAGACGAAAAAAACAGCGUCGGCGGUGAAGAAAUCCUCAAUGUCCGCGCCGUCGAGGUUCUCGCUCGAGUGGAGCAGAAACUUACCGGUUUUGACUUUCGAAAGGCGAAGAUGGGUGUUGAAGAGCAGGUCAGGAAACUGGUUGAGGAGGCCACUAACAUCGAGAAUCUCUGUCAGCAUUAUGUUGGAUGGUGUCCGUUUUGGUGA